AUGCAGCGCCUCCGCACAAGUUUCAGCCGGCCUUCGGCCGGGGAUGUGGGAGUCAGCAACUUGGAAAAAGUUGCAUCUUUGCCUGUCCAGGCGGGAGAGCAAGGCGAUGAGAGUGGUCCUGAAGAUGUCACCAGAGAACUGGCAGCGGCAGCUUCAAUGGCUGACAUGCCACAUGAACUGCGGCGGCAGCUGUACCACGAAGCCCACGCAUUCAGGCAUUCUCCGCUCUUCACACAGAAGGUGCGAAUGGAAAACAAGAUGGAUGAACAUGAACUGUUGCGUGUCCAGCUUGAGGCGCUGGAUUACCAGGAACAAAACGGAGUUUUGUUGACGGAGGGCGAUUUUUAUUACCGCUAUCCCCAGUCUUUUGACCCCUCAGCAAGACCUAGGCUAGACGGAGGGGACGGUCAGCCUGAGUGGUCGUCACUCAAGCAGCAGCUAGCGCCAGGCCCCACCCUGUCUGUUAUUCCGCAGACUGGAGGGCAAGCAGGCGCUCUGUAUGGAACCCCUGAGGCAGAAACACAAAACCAGUGGCAGAGUUGGCUGCAGAGACAGAGGAAACGCGGCUGGUAUACGUCAACCACGCUGGUGUAUUCGACGCUCUUCGGCGCGGUGGUGGGGGCGUCCAAUUUUACGACGUACUGGCAACAAUUGCAAAUAUGGAGGAGCUCAAUGUUCCUCCUGCCAUACCUCCUUUUCCUGUUCACUGUCGGAUUACCGACUCUGCAGCUCGAGCUCGUGCUUGGAAAUCUCCUCCGUGGAGCGGCUAUCAAGCAAAAUACGCAGCUUAGUCGAUGGCUUGUCGGUUUAGGGAUUUUGCAGGUGUUGACUUCAGUCUCCUUUGUUAUUCUCACUGCGGUCGUGAGCAGCCAACUUUUAAUUUACUUCCUUUCAAGCUUCUCUAGGCCUCAGCCGUGGCAAGUCACAGUGAGCGACAUGGAGCUUUGUAACAGUUUUCAUGGAAAGAGCAUGGAUUGCAACGCAGCGGGGCACGGUGUACUUUGUUCCUACGUUCCCGACGCCAGUGUCUGCAUUGCCUCGCCUACGGGCAAGGCAACACUUUACUACUUACAGGAAUUGCAGCCGUCCACCGUUAAUCCGGACUUAGAUCCUGACCUGCUGCGGCCAAAGGCCUUGGCUACACUUGCCUUUGUAUGGCUGUACAUCCUCGCAUAUAUGUGGAGAGGAUUGUUCAAGGCGGGAUUCCCAUCGUCCAUUCUUAUGAUCAUUGCGAUGGUCCUCUGCGCCACGCUUGCCGUUGUAUCCUUCUUCGUCGGGGCAGAUGGCGGCGUGCACGUGGCCGCAGCUGUAACUGCGACUUUCGACUGGCGGCCACUCAUCCACGGUUUCUUUGAUGCAGCUUAUUCUGCUUCGCUAGUUCGGCAUAUCUGCCAGGAUCUAUGUCUUGGAUGCUGCAUUAUUGGCACAAUUACGAGCUAUACUAAGAUCGGCUUCAACACGUACCCAGGCGGCCUUUAUACAUGCAUCCUUGAAUUCGUGAUGGCUUUUGUCCCUUUUGUGUCUCUGCUCUCCAUUGUUGGAAACCUUCAGGCAGUAACUGAUAUUCCGCUGGUCGAUAUUGUGAGGAAGACGGGCAGUGCCCCUGCAUACUUUGUAGUUUUUCCUGCUGCAUUCGAAAAAGUGUCUUCACCCUACCUCUUUGGACUCUUUUUCUACGGCGGCGUUUUCCUUAUCAACACUCAGGUUGCAGCCAUCGCAGUUCAUUCAGUAUUCAAUGCUGUCCUAGAGUCACGUGUUAUCAACAACAACUGGCGGCGGGCCACAAGCACCGUGAUUGUAAUCAUUUGUUACUGCAUCUCUCUUCCCUUCUGCGCCAACAACCAACAAGUUAGGUUGGAGUACAUAGUGUACAUCGUAGAAUGGCUUCUUGUUCCAAUUUCUGUUCUCUGUACCACUUUCUAUGUCGGCUGGGUAAUGGGGUUUCAGCAACAAUCAAAGGUCGUGGGUCUCAAAGCAUGUAUCCUCUUCGGUGGACUCUGCCUCAUCGUGGGGGCAUCGUACAUCAUUGCAGUAUUCUGCCACCAGGAAACUGCCUUCUUACCAAUUUGGAUAAUGGUGUUCGCUAACGCCGUCAUUGCGAUUGUCGUGGCCCUGCUUGUCAAAGAUCCCGACUCACAGGCCAAGACUUUUAAGGAACGCUUCCUGGCGUUGUAUCUAGGUGGCGUGCAGGAUCUGGGCAACGAGAUCUCGCGAGUCACUCUGUUCUUUCCACAGCACACCAUUGGUGGCACAUCUGUGCUAGGUGUUAUACCAACGCUAUUUUGUGGAUGCUUAACGAAGCCGUUUUUCAUAUUCCGUCCAUCAACGUUUUGGUGUGUAUGCAUCAAGCACCUCGUGCCUGUCGUCAUGCUAGUUUCAAUUGUUGAUGCCUGCCAGCAUUUUGACAUUAAGUGGGAAUCGAUGCAGCAGUCACCAAAUAUGAGAAAUCUCGGUGCCGCCUUAUUGGGAAUGGGAGCUGCUUUCCUGUUAGUAACACCAUUCCUACCUAAAGUCCGCGACUGGGUUAGGCCUGUGGAAGAGGAUUACAUGUCAACUUCAGCAUUUCCGAGCCAUCCGUUUGUGCCGUGGCGCCGAGUAACUCCAUUUUCGCUUAUCCCUGCACUAUUCCGAGAGCACCUUGCCCGAUCGAAAGAGCCCGCGGCCAGCGUCAAAAGUCUCAUGCUCGACUACAAAAAACAGAAGUUACCAUUUAUGCCCUCCUUCGCUCGUGAAGGGGGUGCUGGGCGCUCGGAAGCGGAAUUUGCAUCUCAGCAUCAGCGCCGUCACGAAAGGAGCUCGGAAGUUCAGACAAGGAAGCAGCCAGGCCAACCGCUUUCCUUUGCCAGCAAGUCGUCAGAGAGCAGUGAGACCUCCCAUCAUGAUUAUGCAGCUAUGGAUGCGACAGCGCAUGUUUGA